AUGAAAGCUGCCGAAGAUGAAAAUAUAUUCAAAGAAUUGUGUGAGUCAAACGGAAUUAAUUACGACGCAUUUCAACGUAAUCAUGGUGGAGUCGAUACAAAUAUUGAAGUUCUUGAAAUGUUCUUUUCUGGUUUACCUCGUCUGAUAAGUCUUAAACCAUUUCCAAAUCUACUUAAGCUCGUUAUUGUCAAUCAAACUAUUGAACGUAUCGAAGGUUUAGAUGCAUGUACCAAUUUACAAGAACUUUGGAUUACUGAAUGUACAUCACUUGCUGAAAAUACUGAACUUGAAGUAUUAAAUCUUGCUGAUAAUAAAAUCAGUUCAUUUCAAGACAUUACUAUAUUAACCAUGCUACCAAAAUUGCGCAAUAUUGCUUUUAGUGAUCCGGUUUAUGGAGGUAGAAAUCCUGUGGCCUCUAUGGCAAAUUAUCAUGUUCAUAUUUUAUAUCAUUUACCACAACUUGAAUAUAUUGAUGGACUACAUAUUACUACAAGACAAGUUGCUGAACAAGCUGAAGCUACAGUAACUAAAAAGAAAAUGUGGUAUCAUAUGAAAUCUAAAACAUUAGAACGAGAAUAUGAUGAAUUUCAAGUACGUCUUCGACAAUUAAGAAAAAAGAAUGAACAUGUACCUGAAGAACAUAUACGUUUAUUAAACAAAUAUCUUCAACGUUUAAAACAAGAAUUACAUUUACCAGAACGAAAUUCUCAAACACGUUCUGCUGCUGGUGAUCAUAAUGAACGUGAAAGAUCCGAAAAACAAAUUGAAAUAUUACGACAACGCUUAACUGUUUGGCAAAAUAUUUUAAACAAUUUUGCUGCUCAAUAUGAAACUGCUCAUAUGAUUUUACUUCAACAAAAAGCUCAACUUGCAUCACGUAUUCAAUUAGAAUUAAUUAGUGGUGGAAAUAUUCGUUUUGAAGAAGGAGAUGUUAAUGAUGUUUGGUUUAAUGCAGCCAAAGAUCUUCUUCUAUCACGUUUUUGUUCCUCGAUCUAUAGUCGUUAUCAUAUAACUGGUAUUAAAAUACAUCGUAUAACAAGAUUGUUUAAUCGACCAAAAAAAUUACAAUUUGAUCAUAGUCUAGAUUUUAUUCUUGAUGAAGAUGAUGAUCCAAUCAAAACAAAAUCAAUUCAAUCAAAACUUGAAUAUUUAUUCUAUUGUAUACAACCAUUACGUCGACAACAAAAUGAUCAUAUGUAUCAGUUUACAACUAUAGAAUCAAUUUCUGAACAUGGUUUUCCAAAUGCUGAAAUAUACAAACAAUUGGGUCAAGAAGAAGCCAUACCAUUUUCAAAUUCACUUGCCGUUAGUGAUUAUCUUCGUAUUGAACAAGCUGGUUUUCAAAAUCGAGAUAAAUAUCGUUUUGGAAGUGUUCUUAUGGCUAAAAUAUACAUUGGUUCAUCGACAACAACGCCAGUAAAAGAAUUACCAUUUCCUGACUACACGCCAGAUUCAAGUUUUAAUAAAGGACAUUGUGAUUGUGGAGCUCAACAACAACAAUGGUUUUUAUUUGAUCCAUUACAUGCUUAUGCUGAAUAUAUUAUUGAAUAUGAAUAUUUAUUUUCUGUUUCUAAUAAUACACUUAGUGAUCAAUUAAGUCGAAUAAAACUUGAAAAAAUCGAUGAUUCAAUUGUAACAACAUAUCAAGAAGAAAUAAGUCGUGAUAAUUUUAUAUUACCAUCAAAAGAUGAUGAACUUCCACCAAAAAUAAGUGAAUUAACUGAAGAUAAACUUUUAAAAAUAGUAAAUGAAACAAAUUUAUCAAAUAUAAUUGAACUUAAUUUAGCUUGUUGUAAUUUACAAUCAAUAAAAAUUUUAUCCGAAUUAAAAAGUCUUCGUACACUUAAUUUAACAUUUAAUGAUUUAGUUAAACUAGAUGAAUUAUGUUAUUUUUAUGCACUUGAAUCAAUUGAUUUAAGUUAUAAUAAAUUAACUACAUUAGAUGGUAUAAAAGGUUUAACAAAAUUAAUAUCAUUUAUUGCAGCAAAUAAUUUUCUUAAAAAAUCAUUGGAUGAUAUAUUAACCCUGAAACGUUAUUGUACGAAUUUAUUGCAUCUUGACCUUCGUGGAAAUCCACUUGAUAAACCGGAAACUUAUCGAGCUCGUACACUUGCAUUAUUACCUAAUUUAAUGUCAAUCGAUGGAAUAAAAGUAACUAAUCACGAACGUCAAAAAGCUGAAGAAUGUCAAUCAGAAGAAUCAUGUUCUCAUGAAAAUCUUAUCCUUCAUAGUCGUACUCAUCUAUAUCGUCCACGAGAUUUACGUUGUCAUUUUAUUGCUAAAUAUUAUGAUAUGUAUAUUAAUGAUCCACUUGGUAUUCAUCAACCAAAACUUGAAGAUAUCUAUUGGGCGUCAACAAUUACGAGUCUAUGUUUAAAUAAUGUUUAUCUAACAAAACUACCUGAUUUAUCAAAUAUGAUUUGUUUACGUUGGGCAUCAUUUGAUAAUAAUUGUUUAACACAAAUUCGAGGUCUUGAACAACUUGUUAAAUUAGAAGAAUUAUCAAUAGAAAAUAAUUUUUUAACAAUUAUUGACGGUAUUGAAAAUUUAACAACAAUUGAUCAUAAUCGAUUACAUAGUCUAAUAAAAUUAGGUAGAUCUUUAACAUUAAUUGAAUUAUAUGCUGGAAAUAAUUUAAUAAAAAAUAUUCGAGAUAUUUUUCAUUUAAAACCAUUAUCAAAUUUAUUGAUAUUAGAUUUAUGGGGUAAUCCAAUAUGUCAUGAAGCAGAAAAAUAUCGUUUAUUUAUUAUUUAUCAUUUGAAAGCAUUACGAGCUUUUGAUGGUUAUGCUGUGGAAAUUCAAGAAAGUGGUGAAGCUCGAGAAACAUUUGGUGGAAAAUUGACACCUGAUUUUAUUGUAGAAAAAUUAGGACAUAGUAAUUUUUCAGAAAUAAAACAACUUGAAUUACCUCAAUGUUCAAUUCGUGGUGUUGAAUUAAAUAUUCAAUUUCUUGCACUUAAAUGUGUUAAUCUUGAACAUAAUCAAUUAACAAAUUUUUCCGGUCUUAUUCAUUUACCUAAUUUAAAGAUACUUUGUUUAAAUUAUAAUCGUAUUGAAAGUAUUCUUUAUCGACCAUCAAGACCUCGAGUUGAUAAUCGUGGAAAACCUAUUAUUGAAAAUGUUGAUAAUCGAGUUGUUUUAGAAAAUCUUGAAGUUCUUCAUUUGGCUUAUAAUAAUAUAACUGAUCUUAUUGGACUUCAAUUAAAUAAAAUUCCGUCAUUACGAUCUCUAUUUCUUCAAGGAAAUGAAAUAACAAAAAUUGAAGGUCUUGAAGCAUUACGUAAUUUACGUGAAUUAGUCUUAGAUAAAAAUAAAAUUCGUGUUAUAACGGAAACAUCAUUUUUCUUUCAAACAAAUCUUGUUGAAUUACAUUUAGAAGAAAAUCGUAUACGAGAAUUAUCUUAUUUUGAUCGUAUGAUUAAAUUAGAAAAACUUUUUUUGGGUUCAAAUAAAGUUCAAGAAAUAUCAGAAAUAGAAAAAUUAACACCACUUAUUUGUCUCGGUGAAUUAUCUCUUAUUAAUAAUCCGGUGUCUCGUAAAACAAUUUAUCGAUUUUUUAUUACAUAUCGAUUACCACAAAUACAAAUACUUGAUGAACAACUUAUUACGGAAGAAGAUCGAUUUCGAGCAGAAAUUUAUUAUGCUGAAACUUCACAAGCAGCUGGAGUACCGGGAACUGUAAACGAAAUAUUUCCUGGCUUAUUAACUACUGCACAACAACAACAGCAGCAACAACAACAACAACAACAGCAGCAACAACAGCCAAUGCGAAUUAAUCAAGUAGCGUAUAAUGAUGGUUAUGGUACUUCAAAUUUAAUUGAUCAAAUUCGUUAUCGUCAAAUGCAGAUACGCAUAGCAGCUGCUAAUAUAAGUAAUCCCAAUAAUAAUUCAAAUGGAAAACUUAAUAAUGCACGUUUUUUACCUAAUGAUCGAUAA